AUGUUUUCUCCAACGCUGUACGCUUUGCUACCCCGACGAUUAGCUCGUACGAUGGUAUCCGCGGAGAAGCCUUACUUCGGACUGACCGGAGGAUGGCUCACGUUUUGGCUGACGGUUGCUUGCGGCACCGAUAUGACGCUGUUUGGAUAUGAUCAGGGUGUUUUCAGCGGCGUUGUUGUAACGGACGACUUUCUCGAACUCCAUGAUCUGGUUGGCCCUACUAAAACCAAGACACUUUCCACGGUCACCGCCAUUUAUGAUGUUGGCUGCUUUCUCGGUGCCAUUCUAGCCUUCACCGUCGGAGACCGAUUGGGUCGAAAGAAAUGCAUCCUGCUAGGGACCGCCUUUAUGGCCAUCGGAACCAUUCUUCAGGCGUCUUCGUACAGUCUGGCGCAAAUGUUCGUGGGUCGGGUUGUGCUGGGAAUCGGCAACGGCAUCAAUACAGCAACAGCGCCCAUCUGGCAAACCGAAACAGCGCAGGCGAAAUGGAAAGGAAAGCUGGUAAUAUUUGAACUGGGGCUGAACGUCGGUGGUUAUUGUAUUGUCAAUUGGAUCAAUUACGGCCUAUCCUUCCACGAGGGACCUAUCGCGUGGCGUUUGCCGAUUGCCUUGCAGUUCUUCUUUAUAUUCGUGCUGUUUAUUACCAUACCUUGGCUUCCUGAGUCUCCUAGGUGGCUCAUUUCUCAUGGUCGCAAGGACGAGGCACUUCAAGUGCUCGCAUGUAUUGAGGCCAAGGCUGUCGACGACCCAUAUAUCACCACUCAGCAUGACGAGAUCCAAUUCAGUAUUCGGUAUGAGAGGGAAGAAGCUGUUCGGUGGCGGGAUCUUCUGCGGGGAACCAAGUCUGACGGUACAAAGACCCUCCGGAGAUUGCUUCUAGGGGCUGGCACACAAGCGAUGCAGCAAUUCCAGGGAAUCAACAUCAUGAGCUACUACCUCCCCCUAGUGCUCAUAAACUCGGUCGGUCUCUCAAAUAGCAUGUCACGACUACUGACAGCCUGCAAUGCAACGUCUUACUUUUUCUUCUCCUGCAUGGCCGUCACCAUGGUGGAACAAUUUGGUCGCCGAGGAUUAAUGAUGCUGUCUGGAUUUGGCCAGUUUGUUUCGUUCCUGGUUAUUACUAUUCUCCUUAGUCUCGCCGAAAAGGAUCGAGUGUACGCUACUGCAUCAGUCGCCUUUUUCUUUUUAUACCAUGUGGCGUUUGGAAUCGGCAUGCUCGGUGUGCCGUGGUUGUACCCGACUGAGAUCAACUCAUUAUCAAUGAGAACCAAAGGAGCAGCAGUCUCGACGGCGACAAACUGGAUCACGAAUUUUGCUAUCGUCGAGAUCACACCCAUCGGCAUUCAAAACAUUGGAUGGAGAUUCUGGAUCGUGUGGACAGUUAUGAAUGCGGUCUUUCUGCCAACAAUUUACUUCUUGUACCCAGAGACAGCAAACCGGACGCUGGAAGACAUUGACGCCUAUUAUCGUUCUAACCCGCCGCUCAUUGUGGUCGGUGAUCCGGAUGCCGUUUCGACAAAACGUCCACUCCGGUUCAUCGAACAUGAAGAUGCAGAGGUCCAGCGGAACGCAAAGCAGUCUCAGUAUGUUGUCCCUUCCAAGGCCCGGGAUUCGCCUAGCACGGAGCAUGUGGAUUAG